GGCCGGAUGAGAAGGCCAUUAUGACCUAUGUUUCAUGUUACUACCACGCCUUCUCAGGUGCGCAGAAGAUUUCUCAUUACUGCUACCAGCCCUGAAGGGGAGGUCACAUGAUCAGCUUUCCGCUUCUUUCAUUCUCUUAUACUGAGUCUUUAAAGGCGGAGACAGCAGCCAAUCGUAUCUGCAAGGUGUUGGCAGUCAAUCAGGAGAAUGAACAGCUCAUGGAAGACUAUGAAAAGCUGGCCAGUGAUUUGCUGGAAUGGAUCCGCCGCACCAUUCCCUGGCUGGAGAAUCGGGCGCCCGAGAACACCAUGCAAGCCAUGCAGCAGAAACUGGAGGACUUCCGGGACUACCGUCGCCUGCACAAGCCCCCCAAGGUCCAGGAGAAGUGCCAACUUGAAAUCAAUUUCAAUACCUUGCAGACCAAGCUGCGGCUCAGCAACAGGCCGGCAUUCAUGCCUUCAGAGGGGAAAAUGGUCUCGGACAUAAACAAUGCAUGGGGAGGCCUAGAGCAGGCUGAGAAGGGCUAUGAGGAAUGGCUGUUGAAUGAGAUCCGAAGGCUAGAGAGGCUGGACCACCUGGCUGAGAAGUUCCGGCAGAAAGCUUCCAUUCACGAGUCCUGGACAGAUGGUAAGGAGGUAAUGCUGCAGCAGAAGGAUUAUGAAACUGCUACCUUGUCAGAGAUCAAGGCCCUGCUGAAGAAACAUGAGGCCUUUGAGAGCGACCUAGCUGCUCACCAGGACCGUGUGGAGCAGAUUGCUGCUAUUGCACAAGAACUCAAUGAGCUGGAUUAUUACGACUCACCAAGUGUCAACGCCAGGUGCCAGAAGAUAUGUGACCAAUGGGACAAUCUGGGUGCUUUGACCCAGAAACGUAGAGAGGCCUUGGAGAGGACAGAGAAGCUGCUGGAGACAAUUGACCAGCUAUACCUGGAAUAUGCAAAACGAGCCGCCCCUUUCAAUAACUGGAUGGAGGGGGCCAUGGAGGAUCUGCAGGACACCUUCAUUGUUCAUACCAUAGAGGAGAUCCAGGGAUUGACCACCGCCCAUGAACAGUUCAAGGCCACUUUGCCAGAUGCCGACAAGGAGCGACAGGCCAUCCUGGGGAUCCACAAUGAAGUCUCAAAGAUUGUCCAGACCUACCAUGUCAACAUGGCAGGAACCAAUCCCUACACUACCAUAACCCCACAGGACAUCAAUGGCAAAUGGGACCACGUGCGGCAGUUAGUUCCCCGAAGGGAUCAAGCCCUGAUGGAAGAGCACACACGCCAGCAACAAAAUGAACGACUCCGCAAACAGUUUGGUGCACAGGCUAAUGUCAUUGGGCCCUGGAUCCAAACCAAGAUGGAGGAGAUCGGCCGCAUUUCCAUAGAGAUGCAUGGGACCCUGGAGGACCAGCUCAACCACCUGCGGCAGUACGAGAAGAGCAUUAUUAAUUACAAACCAAAGAUUGACCAGCUGGAGGGAGACCACCAGCAGAUUCAGGAGGCACUCAUCUUUGACAACAAGCACACCAACUAUACCAUGGAGCAUAUCCGAGUGGGCUGGGAGCAGUUGCUUACAACAAUUGCUAGAACCAUCAAUGAAGUGGAAAAUCAGAUUCUGACCCGUGAUGCCAAAGGAAUCAGCCAGGAGCAGAUGAAUGAAUUCCGGGCCUCCUUUAACCAUUUUGACAGGGAUCACUCCGGCACACUUGGCCCUGAGGAAUUCAAAGCCUGCCUCAUCAGCUUGGGUUACGAUAUUGGAAACGAUGCACAGGGAGAAGCAGAGUUUGCCCGCAUCAUGAGCAUUGUAGAUCCCAACCGCUUGGGAGUAGUGACAUUCCAGGCCUUCAUCGACUUCAUGUCCCGGGAAACAGCAGAUACUGAUACUGCUGACCAGGUCAUGGCUUCCUUCAAGAUCCUGGCUGGAGACAAGAACUACAUCACUGUGGAUGAAUUAAGACGGGAACUGCCUCCUGAUCAAGCUGAAUAUUGCAUUGCUAGGAUGGCACCAUACAGCGGGCCUGAUGCUGUACCUGGUGCCCUGGACUAUAUGUCCUUCUCCACAGCGCUCUAUGGCGAAAGUGACCUUUAACCUCUUCCUUUCUCCCCACAACAUACUCCCCACCCCCUCUCCCGUCCAGGCGCACUCUUCUUUCUGUAUGCAAAGCUGCCUCUGCUCCGCCUCCUUUUAUUUUGUGUCUCCAUUUUUGCUUCAGAUAACAGAUCAUGUUUAUAAGGGGGGACAUUGAAAUGACCGUCUACCUUGCCCUUGAAAUGACAGUUUACAAAAUUAUUUUCUGCAAAAAAAAGUUACAUUUAAAAAUAAAGACAUAUUUUAUUAUAGAAAAACAGGUAUUUUUCUCCAUCAAAUUAAAACAAAGAGAAAAUUUAAAAAUAUUGCACCAAAUGUUUUGUGUUGUGACAUAGGAAAUCGAGCACAGUGUUACAUUCCAUUCUUCUUUACAAAAAUUAAAAAGAACGAAAAAAAAAA